AUGUCGCGGCCGGUGAGGAGGAACAAGAAAAUUGUUGAUUAUUCUCAGUUUGGAGACUUGGAAGAUGAUGAUGAAGACUUUGCAUGUAUAGCUGCACCUUCAAGCAAAAAAUCCAGAACACAGCUGAAGGAUCCAAAGAAGGAGAGAAAAGAGAAGCAAAAAAAGCCACACAAAGAGUCAACUCAGUCACAAAAGCAGACACCUAGUAAAAGGAUAUCCUUGGAUGACAAACUUUAUCAAAGAGAUUUAGAAGUGGCCUUAGCUUUAUCCAUCAAAGAAAAAUCUGUAAAUAUCCCUGAGAUGCAAAAUUCAGAAGAACAAGGUCUGAAUCAAGUUAUGGAUGAUGACAUACCUGGGGGUGACUGUAAGCAAAACCCAGCAGUGUCUAAAGUUCCAGCACACAAGAAGCUGCCGACCAUUGACAGUGAUGACAGAGAUCAUGCUGCUGACUCUGACCCAGAGGUUGUGCCCAGUGAGGAAUCAGAAGAAGAUUCAGAUUAUAGCGAAGAUAAGGAUGAAGACUUUGCUAUGGAAAAGAAAAAAGCUAAAGGAAAUAAAAAGAAAACCAGGGAAAAGAUGCCAACAGAAAGAGAGAAGAAAACUCCCAAAGCCAAGAUGAAUAGUACAGGUAAGGAACACAAAUCUGAGCCGACACAAAAGAUGUCCAGUUCUUCACAACCAAUUGGGAGGCCUCUGCAUACAUCAAGUCCAGUAACAGACAAGAAGCCUAAAUGGAUACCUCCAGCUGCCUCAGGAAGCAGCAAUAACCCUACGAAAUAUGUUUCAGUUAAGUCACCUACUCAGUGCCUUAGACUUGGCCUGUCCAGACUAGCAAGAGUCAAACCACUUCAUCCCAGUGCUACCAGCAGUUAAGUGGCAA